UUAACCGAAUCCAUGAUCUAACAUCACCCAUAGUGCAGCAGUGGACGAGUGUAAUGUGAAAGGUAGUUGCAGAGGAGGACGCUCAAAAAGACAUUCAUCACCUCUGGGUUCCUCCUAAGCUUUUGAUGUAACUGGAGCAAGAGAAGAGCCAUGGGAAGGGCAGUGUUUGAAGUUUCUCUGAUCCUGAUUGCUGUGAUGCUGAUGGGCACUUGGGCCAAAAAUUGCGUGUGUAAUGGAAAAUCAAGGUGCCACUGUGAAGGAGUGAAAGGCAGCAGGGGAGAUAAAGGUUUUCCAGGUGCUUCAGGUCCCCCAGGGACAGAAGGCCGUCCAGGAUCAGAUGGUCAUCCUGGGCCUUUGGGACCAAAGGGCAACUCUGGGCCUGAUGGACGUGAGGGGCCAAAAGGCGAUUCGGGACACACAGGCAAAGAAGGAUUUGCUGGGACUCAUGGUUUACCGGGUAUUCCAGGUUUACAAGGGCCUCCAGGGCCCUCAGGGGCCCCAGGCUGCAAUGGAACAGAUGGAGAAGACGGACUUCCUGGUAUUCCCGGGGCUCAUGGCGAUGAUGGAUAUGCAGGCCCACCUGGUCUGCCUGGACCUAAGGGUGAAUCUCGGGUAUCGGUGAAUGCAAUCCCAGGGCCUCAUGGGCCAUCUGGAAGGGACGGAGAGCCGGGAAAUCCAGGCUUCCCUGGAGUUCAUGGACUACCAGGGGAUCCCGGACGACGGGGCUCUGAUGGGUUUCCUGGUCGUCCUGGGGCUCCAGGAUCUAAGGGUCAAGAAGGCAUAGGCAGUAUCCCAGGACCUCGCGGACCACAGGGAAGACCAGGACCUCGAGGACCACCGGGGCAACCAGGUCGGAUCAAGGAGUUUUUCACUGAGAGUCUUGUGUUAAAGGGUGAAAAAGGAGGCGGAGGAGAUUUAGGAGAUAAAGGCUGCAAGGGUGAUCCAGGAGACCCUGGUUAUGGCCAAUACACCAAAGGAGCAAAGGGAGACACAGGACUGGAGGGUCCAGAAGGAAAGCCAGGGAAGGAUGGUGAUCCAGGACGACCAUCUACGGGAAGGCCUGGCCCUAGAGGUGAUCCAGGAUAUCCAGGGACAUCAGGAGGGACGGGUGAAAAGGGAGAUAGGGGUCCCCCUGGUCCAGCUGGAGAUAUAUUUGGGCCUUUGACUGAGCCGCUCAAAGGUUACCACGGAGAUCCUGGUUACCCAGGCUCACCUGGGCUCCCUGGGCGUCAAGGUAUGGUAGGGUUUCCUGGACCUGGUGGACCUCCAGGUCAUUCAUCUGGGGUUUAUGUGCCAGGCCCACGUGGUCCCAAUGGCUUUCAAGGCCCCAAAGGGGACCAUGGGGAGCCUGGGGAUAUUUAUCCGGGACUCCCAGGUCUAGAUGGGGAUGAUGGGGAUCAAGGGCCUCUUGGGGAUCCGGGGCCACCUGGACAAGACAAAACUCACAGGCUUACCAAAGGUCACCCAGGAAUGAAGGGACUGAGGGGUGUGCCUGGACCUACGGGAUAUGAUGGAACGUUUGGAAUGAAAGGAUUGAAGGGGGAGGCCUGUUUUGAGUGUUUCGGAUCAGGAGCCCCAGGACCACCGGGUCCCCCUGGCCCACCUGGCAUCCCUGGAUAUAAUCAAGGACCAGGUGCUAAAGGUGAUCCAGGCUUCCCAGGACCUGGUGGCCUACCUGGAAGACCAGGUGGUAUUGGUGUAAUGGGAUACCCAGGCCCUCCAGGACAAAAGGGAGACUCAUAUUCCUACAGCGCUCCUGGGUUAAAGGGAGAGACAGGAGACCCGGGACAGCCUGGCAGGCCAGGGCCAGAUGCCCUCCCUGGGUUUCCUGGGCUACCAGGUCUCAAAGGCGAUCAAGGGCUUCCGGGGGAUUCGUAUCCCUUCCCUGGUGCAGAGGGAGACCGUGGUUUCCCAGGUCCACCAGGGCCUUUAGGCAGACCUGGACCAGUUGGCUACCCUGGGCCAGUGGGAUAUGGGCCUGCUGGACCUCCAGGAAGCACGGGAGAUAUUGGGGUAACUGGCCUGCCAGGACAGCCUGGAAUUCCAGGCCAGAAAGGCGAACCUAGCCACAUCCACACUCCAGGACAUCCUGGACCACGUGGAUUUAAAGGUCUGCCUGGUUCACCUGGAAGCCCAGGUAAUCACGGAGCACCAGGUAACCCAGGAAUACCCGGUUUUCGAGGACAGAAAGGAGAAAGCGGUGAGGUGACAUUUCCUGGAAGGCCUGGGAUCCCAGGACAGAAAGGUGACCAUGGGCAGCCAGGUCUCCCAGGCUUUCCAGGUAGGGGCUCGCCUGGUCGGCCAGGUCCACCAGGCCUUCAUGGUCCUGCAGGACAAAAGGGUGACGGUGGCCCUGGAUACCCAGGUUUCCCAGGACCUCCAGGGCCUCCAGGAGCAGACGGAGAUCAGGGGCCUGUAGGAGAUCCUGGGAACCCUGGCCUACCUGGGAACCCAGGACUGAAUGGCAACCCUGGUUUUUCUGGAGAAAAGGGAAGUAAAGGUGCCUUAGGCCCCCCAGGACUACCUGGUAGUAAGGAUUCAUGUAAAGCUUUACCUGGACCGAGUGGACCACAAGGACCAGAUGGUUAUCCAGGACAUCCAGGACUUAAUGGCUCCCCCGGUGAGAAGGGGAACCCAGGUUUGCCAGGGUUUGGUCAUCCUGGGGCUCCCUGUGAACCUGGUUUUAUUGGGCCAUCAGUGCCAGGUCCACCUGGGCCUACUGGACCAAAAGGGAUCAGGGGACAAAACGGCGUGCCCGGUCAAAAAGGACUGAGAGGAGACCCUGGACCAGAUGGGUUACCAGGAUAUGGACUAGAUGGGUUGCCUGGAAUUACAGGACAACCAGGCCCAAUAGGUGACCCCGGCCCAGAUGGAGCCAGAGGUUCCCGGGGUCCACCAGGCAUAAAUGGAGACCGAGGUUUCAGAGGUCGUCCAGGCAAUCCACCACCACCAGAAAACGUUUUGGGGCCCCCAGGGGACCCUGGCGAUCCGGGUCACCCUGGUCUAUCUGGUGCCCCUGGAGAUACUGGACCUAUUGGACCAAAAGGGCAGAGAGGGAUAGGUGGAACACCAGGCGGUCCUGGACAAAGAGGUCCCCCAGGUGAUUUAGGUGUUGAUGGACUAGUGGUCUCAGAGGGAAGUCGAGGACCUUCUGGAGCUCCAGGAGACCCAGGAGUCCAAGGGCCUCAAGGCCUAAAGGGAAUAAAAGGAGAUCAAGGAAUCCUUGGAGGGCCAGGUCCAGAUGGUGCACAAGGUCCAACUGGUAACAAAGGAGUUAAUGGCGAGCCAAAUUACUAUGGAUAUGGACGGCCUGGACCAGUAGGACAAAAGGGUGAACCAGGAUCAGUCAGUCCUAAUGUGAUGAAGGGUCAGAAAGGUGAACCAGGAUCUUUUGGACCUCUAGGUUUACCAGGAUACCAUGGAGCCAAAGGAAACCCAGGACCUGAUGGACAAAAUGGUUCACCAGGCUAUCAGGGGCCUAAAGGUCGGUCAGAUAGACCUCCAGGAAGCAAAGGACGGCCAGGACCUAAUGGACCGGCAGGUCCCCCAGGCCUGCCGGGUGUCGGUAGUUAUCCAGGUCCUAAAGGCAACCAGGGCCGGGAUGGGAUCCCUGGACCACCAGGACAGAAAGGAGACAUUAACGUAGUAGGAGGGACCCCUGGUAGGCGUGGUGACACGGGUCAACAAGGUCCCCCCGGGAACCCUGGUCCUCCUGGCUUGACUCAUGCAGGGGGUCCUGGACCAAUAGGAGACAGAGGAUUUCCAGGGUCACCUGGACUCUUUGGUCCGAAAGGACCACCAGGAAGAGAAGGGGCUUGUGUUCCUGGGUCCAAAGGAGACCACGGCCGUUCUGGCAAUCCUGGUAGCCCAGGCUAUCGUGGCUUACCUGGCCCUCCAGGUCCCACAGUGCCUGGGUUAAAAGGAGACAGAGGGGAUCCAGGUCUUACAGGAGGCCCAGGCUAUAUUGGACUCCGAGGAGAUCCAGGCCCGCGAGGACCAUCUGGUCCAAGAGGCAGCCCUGGAGGCCCGGGACCAAGAGGUGAUUCUGGUCCAUCAGGAAUCUAUGGGCCCCCUGGUGGCAAGGGAGACCCUGGAUACAACCCAGGCCCUCCUGGUCCACCUGGGCUGAAAGGUUUUCCUGGACGACCUGGCUUCAAAGGUGUACCAGCAUUUGGCAAGGUGAUAUAUGAACCAGGACCUCCUGGCGCACCUGGUCCCCAUGGCAAUCGAGGAGCCCCAGGGAACACUGGCCCAUCAGGAACACCAGGCAAACCAGGUCAGCCAGGCUUCAAAGGAGGGCGUGGUUCCGGCCGAGAUGGUGACCCCGGAUUUACUGGACGCAAAGGAGACAAAGGAGGAGCAGGACUGCCGGGUCCAGAAGGCCGACUUGGAGACCCAGGCAACAAGGGUCCUCCGGGGUUGCCAGGCGGAGGUGGUCCAGGUUAUGUUGACAGUUUCCUGAUAGCCAGACACAGUCAGAGCAUCAGUGUCCCUGACUGCCCACCUGGCACCAGCGUCAUCUACUCUGGUUACUCCUUCCUCUUCAUCAACGGAAAUGAGAGAGCUCAUGGUCAGGACCUUGGCACCAUGGGAAGCUGUCUCGCUCGUUUCUCCACCAUGCCCUUCCUGUUCUGUGACACAGAAUCAAACUGCCGCUACGCUUCUCGUAAUGACUACUCCUACUGGUUGUCCACUGACUCUCCUAUGCCUGCCAACAUGGUUUCCAUCACAGGGGAUACACUGGCCAAAUACAUCAGCAGGUGCUCAGUGUGUGAAACCACCUCCAAUGUCAUAGCCGUCCACAGCCAGACAACUCUGAUACCUGAAUGUCCGCGAGGCUGGGAGUCACUAUGGACUGGAUACUCAUUUGUCAUGCAAACGGGUGCUGGAGCAGAGGGCUCCUCCCAGCCCCUGGUUUCUCCUGGCUCAUGUCUGGAAAGUUUCCGCCAAGUGCCCUUCAUCGAGUGUCACGGCCGGGGAACGUGUAACUACUACCCUGAUUCCUACAGCUACUGGCUGGCAUCCCUAGACCCCAACAGCAUGUUCAGUAAACCUGUUCCUCAGACAGUGAAGGGACCGUCUCUUCAAAAUGUCAUCAGCCGGUGUCGAGUCUGCAGGAAACCAUGGCAACCAACAGGUGACAAACGUGGGGACAAUUAACAUUCUGUAUUUCCUUUUUCAUUGCAUUUGAAGUGUGAAAAUAUGAGAAACGCAAGAUAAAACAGUCUUGGCGGUUUGUAGUGUAUAUAUCUGUUUGUUAAACUGGUGCUUUCAAGUUAUAAAUCUGUGUUUAUGAGUCUUAGCUCUGAAUAAAAUGCAUUUCAAGCAAAUUGCCAAUCACCUUUAAUGGCAGGUUUUAUAUAAGCUCUUGUGUAUAUUAAAAUUAAUGACACAUUUAGUGAGUCAUUAUAUCUUAUAGAAGCUGUAGCAUGCCACCUGUGUAUAAUUAUUCCAGUGACAUACUUGAGCCUCAAAAAUAGCUAGUAAUAGCAGUGAUAAAGGUAUUACUAGUUGUUGUAGUAAUACUAGUAGCAAUAGCAGCACUGUGCCAAUUCAGAUUUUACAUCAUCUUUUCUUUCAUGAUUUUUUUUCCACCAAGAUAUUCUGUUUUUCCUUAAAGGGAUAGUUCGGGUGUUUUGAAGUGGGGCCCCCAGUUUGGAGAAGAAGACAGGAGUACCAGCACGGAAGCAAUGUACUGCUGUGGAUGGAGCCGGCAGCAAAACAUAUUUUAGCCACUUAAAAGAAAGGCUCACCUAAAUAAUAAUCAAUAUUCGUUUAAGUGUAUGCUAUAUUUAGUAUAUUUCGCCAAUUUACCUCACCGUUGAGACAGCUAUACAGUCUAUGUUUCCGACGGGGAACUGAAGCAGUUAUCUAUGCUCCUGCCAAAGCCACCAGAUUCCAUUGAAAAAAAAAUGUAAUUUUACCUCACAGAACACGGGAGUUGCUGGUCGAUCACUGUCUCGAU